CGAUUCGGGGCAUAAGCACGCGCGGUAACAUUCCCGCGGAUCACCUACUGCAGUCAAUGACCGUGGCCGAGGUACGAUAUAGAAAGUGCUCGUAGUAAAAUCUUGGUCGUUUGUUUAUUGGAGUAGAAAGAUUACGGGCAAGCAAGUUCUGUCGAAAUCGGUUCGUGAUUGCGACAACAUUUCAUCUCCGAAAGUCAUCACCUUGUGAUGUUGUGCAGACUGAGACUGUACAGUAACGUUGCAGACCAGCAGAUAAGUGCCGGAGCGCCGAGUUAUAAAUAACACCAACACCAACAGGCAUAACAACGGUGUUCAGGCCAAAAACAGAACAGUUGUCUUCACGGCCGCGGAGGAGCAAAGGUCGAGGAAGUUUCCCAUCCACCGCUGUGGUUAAAGCGAUCAGCGCAAUGGCUUCAGGUUGCUUGACAGACGAGCUGGAAAAUGACAACAAUGUAUGUGACUACGACUACGCCUAUGACGAAUACGAAGAUUGCACGCAAACAGCAAGCAAUCGAUGUGAGUCGGUAGUGGAGGCCCUGUCGCCUCGAUUCAAACCAAAAAUCGCCAAUAAAUUGAACAAUGGCAUCAAUUUCAACGAACUUUCCCAGAUCUCACUGGAUAAACACAAUAGCGACAAGGAGAACUGUGCUAUGCAGAUUGGACUUCCACCGCACAUGCCCAUCGACGAUGAGCAGACAGAUCAAACCACUAAUGACUCUUACAACGCAUCAAAUUCACGAGAAUCGCCGGGCCGGUCAACGGGUCUGAGGUCAAAUGACAAGAGGGGCCGACCAACGAAUGCCAGGAAAGAAAAGAGACGAAUGAGAGAGAAAAGACGGAGUACUGGAGUUGUGCACUUGCACAUGUCCACAGAGAGCACCGGAGAAGAGGAAGAUGGAGCGAAAAUUGUUACGGUUGAAACAAAGCAGAACACUCAGACGAACGAGGUUAUAUCCAGUGGCAACGUUGAGACUUGCGAGGUGAGAUGCGCGCUCUCUCAAAAUCUACGCCAGAUGAUCACUGGCUCAUGUGCUAAGGUAUUGAUAGCCUUCAUUAUCGGAUUACUGACUUCCAUGUCAUCGUAA